UACCUAAUUUGGCUGUUGCAGUGAUUUUUAAAAAAAAACAUAACAAUAUGUCGACUUCUGAUGCCAGUAAUUCCAAUGGUUUUCCUAAAUUACCGCCCCCACCAUCAUCGGACAGUGUGCAACCGGGGUCCGGCGGGGUCACUGGAUCUAGCGGCAAUGCCACCAACAACCGUUUGAAGCAAACACAGGCUCAAGUCGACGAGGUAGUCGGAAUUAUGCGUGUUAACGUGGAGAAAGUGCUAGAACGUGAUCAAAAGCUUACGGAACUGGAUCAACGUGCGGAUGCAUUGCAACAUGGCGCAUCGCAGUUCGAGCAGCAGGCCGGCAAACUCAAAAGAAAGCAAUGGUGGGCCAACAUGAAAAUGAUGAUUAUUAUGGGCGUGAUUGGCAUUGUUCUACUAGUGAUUAUUAUUCUAUCCAUCAUUUAUUAAACGUUAUCAGAUAUAAGUUGCGAAAUCUUAACAAAUAUAUACACAUAUAUAUUUUUUUUUUCAAUUUAUCUAAUUAUCUUUCCCCAUGCCUUAAACCAACGUUUGUCAAUCAGUUCUGCUUGAUGCUAAUCCAGACACACAAUUUUUUUUAAAGUUCCAAUUUCUUUAUCAUGUUGUUAAACAUGAACAAAUUCAAAUAAUUUAAUAUUUUGGAAAUGCGUUUAAUCAAUUUGAAUAUUUUCACUACUCUAUCAGCAAUGUAAUUAUUAGCACUAGUAGAACUUCCAGUACGAAGAAUGGAUCAUUAUAAAACAAUGUGUAGCGAACAUGAUUUGAUGCGCCACAGUGCUGAGAGCAGAACAUUGAGCGAAUUCUGAACAAAAAUUGAACGAAGAAUUUAAAUGUUGUUACUUUUUAAACACAAAACAUUUGUCGUGUUUUUUGUAGCUGUUAUUUGUUAUAUUGCUUCCGUUCCAUUUCAUUGACUGCAGUUGCAUUUCAUUUCUUAAUAAUAUAAUUAUUGUUCGCUUACACUUGUUGUGUUUAAUGAGUCUUACGCUUAGAGACAUAGACCGAUUUAUAAUGAACAUGAUUCAAAUUAUCAAACCUAUCAGCGAUCUGUAAAUGGCUCGAAUAUUGCACUAUUGCUUCUAUUGUCUUAAAAGUUAACGUUUCUCUUCACUUUAAAAACGCUAAAAAUGAUACAACAUUUCAGCACGCUUUUCUUUUUGAGAUCGAAUGCUUAAUCUUGGAAAAUUACCUCUUUUGGACGAAUCGUAAAGAUGAACGGUGUUUAUUCACCUCUAUAAAUAUCUCGAAAAUAUGCGCGUAAUCGUUAUUUUGAUACUAUUUGGAACAAGUUUGAUAUGCAAUGUUCUAGGAAGUAAUUUGGGCUUCAAUCCAAAUGACCAAAACUCAAAUCGUGAUUUAUUAUACCCACAUUUUUUUAAGAAAAAUUGUAUAUCAUUCAUUUUCGUAUCUUAACUACUGGCUGAUAAAAAGUAAAAUCAGCGUAUUAAAAAAAUACAUCAUAGUUGUAAUUAUUGUUCCAACAUAGUUUCACAGUACAUAUGAUUAUACUAUUAUGAAUAUAGCAAAAAUCAAGUAAUGUUAUAAUAAAUGCUUAGGCACAAGGGAGCGCAACGUAAUUUGUAUUUCUUCAAGAAUUUGUUUUAAAACCCAUUCAAAAAUAUUUCUGUAUCGUCAAAUAUUUAAGCAAUCAAUCUUUGUUCUUAUGGCUUGGAACAUGUGCUAUACAUAUAAGGUUCAAUCGUAUGCUUUAAAAAAUCCGUACCGUACACUACACGUACACACAAAACUGUUUUCAACCGGGUUUUAACGAAUGUUGAAAUAUAUAUUGUUCAUGUGAAAGGAUUUAAUUUUUUCUCACUCAACUAUUCAUCUUGUAUGUCUGAAAUCAUCAUUGAGUGUGGGCCACUAUUUGUUCAUUUGUUUGCCGGUAUUACCAUCCAUCUUAAAUGGGCUUUGUAAUGAGCGAAGGUUCAAGGAUUAAUUCGUAAGUAAGAACAGUGGACGUGUCCAUAUUAUGAUGUUUUCUUCCAUGAGGUACGCUUAUUGGUGUAGCUUCUAUAUGUAGUUAUUAUUCCGUACAGACAUAUAAUGUUUAUACGAUUUUAAACUUCGACACUACAGUCUGGAUUGUUCCGGGAGGAGGUUCAUCUUCAAAUUCAGCGCCAGUUGCGGUUCCUUCUACGACCACGGAAGAGGCGAUCUUAGGUACAUUAAACUAACAACCCAUAAAAGGCACAGUCAAACAACUUUUCGGUUGGAAUGAUAGGCAAAACAAGCUACUUUUUCUAUUUAAGACAUAUCGAUGUCGAAUACAUCACGUAACCUUAUUUUUAAAAAGCAAAUAUUGAAAAUAUUUUAUCGUUUUUGAAUGGAUUAAUCAAAGGUAAUAAAUAAUAUUCAAUUGAA